AAAAGUGUAGAAAAAAGCAGAAGAAGAAGCCUAUCAUCAUCAUAUCAUCAUGAUGAACUCUUCUUCUCUUCUAACUCCAUUUUCUUCAUCUUCUUCCCAUAUCCAAACUCCGACCACCACCACUUUCGACCACGAAGACUUCCUCGACCAAAUCUUUUCCUCUACCCCUUGGCCUUCCGUCGUAGACGAUGCUCAUCCUCCUCCUCCCACCGAUGGCUUCCAUAGCCACGACGUCGAUUCAAGAAACCAACAGAUCAUGAUGAUGCCUUUGAAUGAUGGCUCCUCCGUUCAUGCUCUUUACAAUGGCUUCUCCUCAUCUGGAUCUCUUCCUAACUUUCAUAUCCCUCAGGGAUCGGGAGGUGGAAUGAUGAACCAAGAAAGACAAACGCAAACGCAAACGCAACCGCAGGCAAGUGCGUCUACAGCUACGGGUGGUACGGUGGCGGCGGCUCCGCCGCAGAGUAGGACUAAAGUCCGAGCUAGGAGAGGUCAAGCAACUGAUCCUCAUAGUAUCGCCGAAAGGUUACGAAGAGAGAGGAUUGCGGAAAGAAUGAAAGCUCUUCAAGAACUUGUCCCAAACGGCAAUAAGACAGACAAGGCAUCGAUGCUCGAUGAGAUUAUAGAUUAUGUCAAGUUUUUACAACUCCAAGUCAAGGUACUGAGCAUGAGCAGAUUGGGAGGUGCUGCUUCAGUUUCUUCUCAAAUCUCUGAGGCAGGUGGAUCUCACGGUAAUGCAUCCUCCGCCAUGGCCGGAGGUAACCAGACGGCCGGAAACUCCUCCAACGACAGUAGCAUUACGAUGACGGAGCAUCAAGUGGCGAAGCUAAUGGAAGAAGACAUGGGCUCAGCCAUGCAAUACCUUCAAGGGAAAGGUCUCUGUCUCAUGCCAAUCUCUUUAGCCACCGCCAUCUCAACGGCCACGUGUCACACACGUAACCCUUUGAUCCCUGGAGCUGCCGACGUCGGAGUUAACGUUCCUUCUUCUCCUAAUCUUUCCGGUAUGACUAUACAGUCCACGAAUACAACAAUGGGUAAAGGUAACGGUGUAACUGAGGGGUCGUUGUCUAUUGCUGUUAAAGAAGCUGUUUCCGUUUCGAAGCCGUGAUAACGGCCGUUUACUUUUGGGGGUUAGGCAGAGAGAGAGAGAGAUACGAAAGAUAAACAAAACAGAGAUAGUGGGAUGAAGUGGGAGAUAGAGUCAAAGUCUACGAAGAAUGAGGUUGAGUUGUGUUGUUGGCCUUAUGGGUUCUUUGAACGAUGCCGUAUUUGUCGUAGAGUUUUGUUUCUUUUAACUACUACUACAGUACUACUACAAAACCACUCAAAGGGACAUUUAUUUUUCUUUUUC